CCGCCAGUUUUCCCUAACCACCACAUUUUCUCGCCAUCAACAGGCCCAAUAGAAAUUCAGUGACGAAUAAUAACAGAUGUUAAAGGAAUAAGGCGAAAAUUAUUCUUGCUCCUUCGUAAGCUCCAAUGGUGGCAUGUCUCUGCGCGUGCCAUAUGGCAUUCUCCGUCGACAUGAGUCUGCCCACCUCUCCGGCGAUCCGGCUACUUUCACCUUCCUAUCUCUGUUUCUUUACGCCUUCCUCGUCCUCUGGCAAUGGCAAAGUCUUCGGUUUUGGGUCGGGGCUCGGGUUCGAGUGGCAGAGGAAAAAGGGAAGGCGAAGGCUCAAGUUCGUUUUCAACGCCGAGCUUUCAAACUCGUUUUCCUUGAAUUUCGGGUUGGACUCUCAGAAUGUGAAUUCCUUCGAAUCCCAUGAUCCAUCACAGCUACCUUGGAUUGGUCCAAUUCCGGGUGAUAUUGCUGAAAUUGAGGCCUAUUGUAGGAUCUUUAGAAGCGCUGAAAGGUUUCACACUGCAUUAAUGGAUGCUUUGUGCAAUCCGUUUACUGGUGAAUGCAGUGUCUCAUAUGAUGUCCCAUCAGAUGAGAAACCACAACUUGAAGAUAAAAUAGUCUCUGUCCUGGGAUGUAUGGUAUCCCUUAUGAAUAAAGGUAGGGAGGAUAUUCUUUCUGGGAGAUCCUCAGUCAUGAACUCCUUUCGCACUGUACUUGUUAGCACAAUGGAGGAUAAUCUCCCCCCACUUGCCAUUUUUAGGAAUGAGAUGAAAAGGUGUUGUGAGAGUUUGCAUGUAGCUCUUGAGAACUAUUUGAUAUCUGAUGAUGAUCGAAGCAUAAAUGUGUGGAGAAAACUUCAGAGACUGAAGAAUGUCUGCUAUGAUUCAGGUUUUCCUCGUAAAGAGCAUUAUCCUUGCCAUACUUUAUUCGCAAAUUGGCGUCCGGUAUAUUUUUCAACUUCUACAGAGAACACGGGAUCUAAAGAUUCUGAGGCAGUUUUUUGGAAAGGAGGCCAGGUAACAGAAGAAGGCCUGAAAUGGUUACUGGAUAAAGGAUAUAAAACUAUUAUAGAUCUCAGAGCAGAAACUGUAAAAGACAACUUCUAUCAAACAGCCAUUCAUAAUGCGAUUGCCUCUGGGAAAAUUGAAUUGGUCAAAAUCCCAGUUGAAGUUAGGACUGCACCUACAACGGAACAGGUUGUGAGGUUUGCAUCUUAUGUUUCUGAUGGCAGCAAAAGGCCCAUCUAUCUUCACAGCAAGGAAGGAGUUUGGAGAACAUCCGCCAUGGUUUCCAGGUGGAAGCAGUACAUUACUCGCUCUGCAUCACAGUUAGUUUCUAAUCAAGUAAUUACUUCCAAUGAUAGGGUUUCAUAUUAUACAAAGGGAUUCAGAAAAACUCAGCAUUCUUUGACGGCUUCAAAGGGAUCAUUCCCAGAAAAGGAUACCAAUUCGUUGCAAGAGAAUGGUGUAGCUCAUGGUUCUGUAGGAACAUUGGAUAACAAAAAGGCACAAAGUAAUGGGGCUUUGAAUGGGUCUAUUUCUGGAGAUAAGACAAUAUCUGAAACCUUUUCUACUUCUAAUGGGGCAGGAUCUUUUUCAAGUUUCUCCCUUGUGGCUAACCCUUUAAAAGCUCAAGUUCCUCCUCGUGAUAUCUUUUCCAAAAGGGAAAUGUCCAACUUCAUUGGAAAUAGGAACAUCUCACCACCUUCUUAUUUCAGAUAUCAGAUUAGAGGAAUGGAAAGCUUACAACAUUCAAAAAACAUGCAUAUUGUUAGGUUUCAGGGAGACAUGUUGGUCAGCUAUGUUGAUGAUUUUUUGCCUGAACUCGUGGACUCAAGAAGCUCCAACGGGUCUGCUUAUUUGGAUUAUCCUUCUGGAGGGGCGGAAGUUGUGAUUGAUGGGGAUAGAAACUUAGUGGCCAGAAGUACUUCUAGUUCUGUUCGGACAACAACAAAUGGAUCUAGUGAUAGGAAAACACAUCGCAUGCUUAAAACCAAUGUCUCCACUUCUAUGAGCGCAAGUAGUGAUCAUGUCACUACUAAAUCUCUGAAGGUUGGAGACAGCAUUCCUGAGGCUAGGCUAGCCUUAGUUGAAGAUUCAGAACCCAUUGAGGGGAAUAUGUGUGCAUCUUCAACAGGUGUUGUUAGGGUGCAGUCUAGGAAAAAGGCAGAAAUGUUCGUAGUACGAACUGAUGGUUACUCAUGUACCAGAGAAAAGGUGACUGAGUCUUCUUUGGCUUUCACUCACCCUAGCACCCAGCAACAGAUGCUUAUGUGGAAAUCUGCACCAAAAACUGUAUUAUUGUUGAAAAAACUGGGGGAAGAAUUGAUGGAAGAAGCAAAAGAGGUGGCCUCUUUCUUAUAUCACCAAGAAAAAAUGAAUGUUGUUGUAGAACCUGACGUGCAUGAUAUAUUUGCUAGAAUUCCAGGGUUUGGAUUUGUGCAGACUUUUUAUAGUCAAGAUACCAGUGAUCUACAUGAGAAAGUAGACUUUGUGGCGUGCUUGGGGGGAGAUGGUGUUAUACUGCACGCUUCAAAUCUAUUUAGAGGAGCUGUUCCCCCUGUUGUUUCAUUCAACCUUGGCUCUCUUGGCUUUCUAACAUCUCAUAAUUUUGAUGACUAUAAGCAGGACUUACGACAAGUUAUUCAUGGAAAUACUACACGAGAUGGUGUGUAUAUCACUCUCAGAAUGCGUCUCCGAUGUGAAAUUUUUCGCAAGGGUAAAGCUGUGCCAGGGAAAGUAUUUGAUGUUCUGAAUGAGGUUGUCCUUGAUCGGGGUUCUAAUCCAUACCUUUCAAAAAUCGAAUGCUAUGAGCAUGAUCGACUUAUAACCAAGGUACAAGGUGAUGGAGUCAUUGUAGCCACCCCAACAGGAAGUACUGCCUAUUCUACAGCUGCUGGAGGUUCUAUGGUCCAUCCAAAUGUACCCUGCAUGUUAUUUACACCUAUAUGUCCACAUUCACUUUCAUUUAGACCAGUUAUUCUUCCGGAUUCUGCUCGACUUGAAUUAAAGAUUCCAGAAGAUGCAAGAAGUAAUGCGUGGGUUUCAUUUGAUGGGAAGAGGAGGCAGCAACUUUCAAGAGGAGAUUCCGUCUGUAUAUAUAUGAGUCAACAUCCGCUUCCAACUGUUAACAAGUUUGACCAAACAGGGGACUGGUUUCGUAGCUUGAUUCGCUGCCUUAAUUGGAACGAAAGGCUUGAUCAAAAGGCCCUGUAAACUCAUUAGCCUCUAAAGACCCUGGGCUAUUGUAAUUCCUGUACAGAUCGUACAUUGAGAUUACACAACAUAGUAAUAGAGGAAAUACCAGUUUCUUACGUUGGUCGUUGGCUUCCCUGCUAAAGAUGGGGCUUGCCACUGAUUUCAAUAUAGUAUCAUACUGACAAGAGGUUCUUGAAUGCAAAAAAUUUUGUAAGGUAG